GUCUAAUGAUGUAAUAAUGCCAGUGAGAAGCUUCCGGAUCUCCGCCCUUGCCUUGGCAGUGUGGGGCGGAGUUAGGAAUCAGCAGUCAACAGCUGCGGUAACAGAGGUAUCUGGCAUCAGGCUGGCAUGGCAUAGGGAGUGCCAGCCUGGUGGGGCCACCAUGGGGGAUGCUGAGGAUUCCUGCCCUCACCUUGACUCCAUUGGAGAAGUUACCAAGGAAGAUCUCAUACUGAAAUCCAAGGGAACAUGUGAGUCCUGUGGCGUGGGCGGACCCAACCUAUGGGCCUGUCUGCAGGAUGGCUGCCAGUCUGUGGGAUGUGGCGAGUCGUAUGUGGAUCAUAGCACUCUGCACGCGCAGGCAAAGAAGCACAACCUGACUGUCAAUCUGACCACCUUCCGUGUGUGGUGCUACGCCUGUGAGAAGGAGGUAUUUUUGGACCCCCGGGGGCCACCAGCCUCCCAGACAACAUCACCCAGACUCAGUCACAGGGACUUCCCUACUUCUGCUCAUCCAUUGAAGUCUGUCCCCAUUGCCGUGGGAGAUGAUGGAGAGUCAGAGAGUGAUGAAGAUGACAUCAAACCAAGAGGCCUCACAGGAAUGAAAAACAUUGGCAACUCCUGCUACAUGAAUGCAGCCCUUCAGGCUCUGUCCAACUGUCCUCCCCUGACGCAGUUCUUUCUGGAGUGUGGAGGCCUGGUCCGGACUGACAAGAAGCCAGCACUGUGCAAAAGUUACCAGAAACUUAUCUCUGAGCUGUGGCACAAGAAACGCCCAAGCUAUGUGGUGCCCUCCAGCUUGUACCAUGGGAUCAAACUGAUUAACCCUCUGUUCCGGGGUUAUUCCCAGCAGGACACGCAGGAGUUUCUCCGCUGCCUGAUGGACCAACUCCAUGAGGAACUGAAGGAACCCGUCCCGCUAGAGACCCAGGAACGGGAAGAGGAGGACAGGGACGAUCAGCGAGAGGGAGAGCGUGGCGGCACAGUGGAGGAGGACUUCCUGUCGUGCGAUUCUGGUGGCGAGAUGGGGGACGGGGAGGGUGGAGGAGGCGUGGGCACAUUGUCCGAGAUGGAGCUGCUAAUCCGGGAGGAAGUUGGGAGGGGGCUCUCUGAAAAGGAGAAGUUGAAGGAAAGGAAGCUGUCAUAUUGUCACAGAAGGACAAGCUCAGAGCAGGCAGAUGAGGAUGCUGAUGUGGACACAGCAAUGAUUCCAGAGCCUGAUAAUGAUGCCUACGUGCACUGCUCCUCUCGGUCCUGCAGCCCACACCCGGUGGAAUCCAUCUCCAAGCACUCCAGCACCCCUCCUCGCUCAAGUCCAUUGCGCACCAGUCAUUCCUAUGUCCUGAAAAAAGCUCAAGUUUUAAGUGGAGGAAAGAAACGCUCUGAAGUCCGAUACCGCAGCGUUAUCUCCGAUAUUUUUGAUGGGUCCAUACUGAGUCUGGUCCAGUGUCUGACCUGCGACAGGGUAUCCACUACUAUUGAGACCUUCCAGGACCUUUCCCUGCCCAUCCCUGGAAAGGAGGACCUGGCCAAGUUACACUCCACCAUCCACCAGAGCGCUGUCUCCAAGGCUGGCACUUGCGGGGAUAGCUAUGCUGCCCAGGGCUGGCUGUCCUUCUUCAUGGACUACAUACGCAGAUUCGUGGUCUCUUGCAUCCCAAGCUGGUUCUGGGGUCCGAUGAUAACACUAGAGGAUUGCCUGGCUGCUUUCUUUGCUGCUGAUGAAUUAAAAGGUGACAACAUGUACAGUUGUGAGCGCUGUAAGAAGCUUCGAAAUGGCGUCAAAUACUGUAAAGUGCUGCGUCUGCCGGAGAUUCUGUGCAUUCACCUGAAACGUUUCCGGCAUGAAGUCAUGUACUCCUUCAAAAUAGGCAGCCACGUCUCAUUCCCUCUGGAGGGGCUUAAUCUGAGGCCCUUCCUGGCUAAAGAAUGUGUUUCUCGCAUCACCACUUACGACCUCUUGGCUGUUAUCUGCCACCAUGGCAGCGCUAGCAGUGGGCACUAUAUAUCUUACUGCCAGAAUGUGAUCAACGGACAGUGGUAUGAGUUUGAUGAUCAGUACGUCACGGAGGUCCAUGAGACGGUGGUUCAGAAUGCAGAGGCCUAUGUUCUCUUCUACAGGAAGAGCAGCGAGGAGGCAGAGCGGGAGCGGCAGAAGGUGGUGUCCUUGGCAGCCAUGAAAGAGUCCGGCCUGUUGCAGUUCUACAUCUCCCGUGAGUGGCUUAACAAGUUCAACACAUUCGCAGAACCUGGACCAAUUAACAACCAAAGUUUCCUCUGUUCACAUGGAGGAAUUCCCCCCAACAAAUAUCAUUAUAUUGAUGAUCUAGUGGUGAUUCUCCCGCAGAGUGUAUGGGAAUAUUUAUACAACAGGUUUGGAGGAGGACCCGCAGUGAAUCACUUAUAUGUCUGCUCAAUCUGCCAGGUGGAGAUUGAGGCUUUGGCGAAACGCAGAAAGACAGAAAUUGACACUUUCAUUAAGCUCAAUAAGGCAUUCCAAGCAGAAGAGGCCCCCAGUGUAAUAUACUGUAUUAGCAUGCAGUGGUUUCGGGAGUGGGAAGCCUUUGUUAAAGCCAAGGACAGUGAUCCUCCCGGUCCCAUUGAUAACUCCAAAGUGGCGUUGACAAAGAGCAGCGGGCAAGUACAGCUAAAACAGGGCGCUGAUUAUGGGCAGAUUUCGGAGGAGACGUGGAAUUACCUGUUAAACGUAUAUGGGGGUGGGCCAGAGAUCGCCAUCCGUCAGACAGUGGCGCAGUAUCAGGAAGCAGAACAUCUUCAUGGAGAGCAGAAGAUUGAAGCAGAGACACGGGCUGGGUAGCUGGACCCAAGGUUCUAAUGGAUACCCCACACCCCGAGGGGAAGGGGGGCGCUGCUGAGCAGAAAAGACUGCUGCCCGCCAGUCUAAUGCACUUCUAGAAGCACCUUGAGAAUAAGCCGUGCAGAGACACUGUGUUUAACUCUUUGUAUUGUCUGGAGCAGAUAUUUAUUCAGAUUAUUUAACUUCCCAGGUCUUUAGUUUACCAAACAGCGAGUUUAACAUGAACUGCAAGCUCAGCAACUCCUAAUUGAAGCUUCAGUAGGCAGAUCCCUCUGCGGAACCUCGGAAGCGAUCAGGGUGGUCCCACCCAUACGGCACAGGGCAGGAAAGUGAUAUUCCGUGAGUGCAAGCAGAUUACUGUUGUUUACAAAGAGGCAGAGCCUUGUGAUGAUUCCAAUGUUCAAUUCCCUUCCCUCAGCGGAUGGCUUGCCUUAACAGUACUGCCUUUGUAUUGUUCCUGUGCUGACGCUCAGGCCCAUAGUAAGGGGGCAGGGAGUUGUCUACAGUGCUGGCCAAUCCGCUUACUAGCAAAGGAAUAAAGGCUAAGGUUUUGGAGUGAAAGACGGCCAGUGAGAGUGCUUAUCUGGCCAACGCUGGUUUCAUGUACCCCCCUCCUUAGCUUUAUGUGAUGUAUCCUGCCUCCAACCUACUUUUCUCUACUCACUGUGAUGUGCAUGUCGUACUGUAGUUGCCCCAUCCUGUACAGAGUCAGUAUUACAUUGGGCUUGGGCUGAGGGCCUGCUGCAUAAAGGGAAAUAAAUGUAUUUAUCAACUUC